GUCCGAGACGCGCGCGCAUCCGGAGCGCGCCGGUUCCGCUUCCGAAUUUCAAAAAUCGAACGUCGAUGUAAACAAAUGACCGUUUGAAAUUGGAACGUUAUUUUGAACAGAUUUUUUUUAACAAUUAUGAUUUAAACAGAUAAUGAUGAGUGUUUUUUACUGGAUGGUUUUCUUUUGUUUUUCGCUUUGUGUAAUAUUUACGUGUCUUUUGUGAUUUUUGUCAUAAUGAUGGUUGUAGAGUUUUUUAGCGCUUAGUUAUACAAAUACAUUUAUUGCUAAUGUGUAAAAUGUGUGUGUAUCGGUGUAUUGUGAUGAUGUGGUGUGUUUUAUUUAUGUUAGUGUGUAUGCCUGUGCAUUCAAGUUUAAUUCAAGUUAGCGAGGUGGCACAAAAUUAUACGAGCUAUCCCUGCACAGACCAGAACCACCUGGUCCUCGUGCCAGGCGCUCUCACAGCCGGCAGCAGCAACCGAGCCUGCGUAUCACGCUUCCACUCUGAGGGUCCAGCUCAUGUGACCUUGACUUUGAAGGCUGAGGGUCAGGAGACUAAGGCGACCAGAGAUCUGCCCCCUGGCGAUGGAGGCUGUCUGGAUCUACCCGUUCCUCUGCUACCAAAUACGAAAGCAGAGUUCAUUGUAAAUAUAAGAUACCCGGAACUCUGCACUUGGGAACGCCGUCUAACCCUCCGCAUCACCAGCGGUAGAGUCAUCGUGCUACAUACCGAAAGGGCCCGGUACCGGCCUGGUGACACCGUCCGCGCCCGGGCUUUGGUCCUCAAGGCUGAUCUUGCACCAGUCCAUGGUAGUAUCGAAGAGAUGUGGCUCGAAGGUCCACCCGGCGCGUGGGAAGGGACACGUGCGGCGCAGUGGAACCGCGUACGGACGCGGCUGGGCUUUGGACAGAUUCAGCAUGAGCUGGAUGCCCAGGCACCACCUGGUCGAUGGACGCUUCGGGCCAAGUUGGAGGACGGCUCACAGGGUGUGACGGAAUUCUUGGUUGGCAACUACGAGAUCCCGCCGUUCCAGCUCAGUGUGAAACACGCAGCCAGGGUGCUGAGGACCAGCGAGCGACUUGUCUGGACUGUGUGUGUCAGGUACCCAUGGACCGAAGCAGUGGAAGGUAUGCUAGUGAUCCGUCUCCGCGGCGCCGGCGUCAACUUCUCAACGGAUUCAACGCCAGGCGUCCGUACGGCCGUCCGACUGCGUGCUCCGAAGGCCUGCCAUAGACACGCUGUAGCUGCUAGGAGGAUAGGCCUGGAUGGUGGGAACCCACCUGAUGUGGUUGUUGCCGACUUCUCUUUUCAGGAGGAUGGUACGGGGAUCUGGCAGAACACGACGGUAGUCUCCCAAGUGGUUGACAAGGCGGUCACCCUGCAGUUCCUUACGAAGCACCGAGUGGUCCUAGCCCCCGGGCUGCCCUACAAGUUGAAGAUAAAAGCAACUCGCUGGGACGAUAAGCCAGCACCUAACGAGCAUGUCCGCGUGUGUCGUUCCCCGGCUGAACGCACCGAGGCGUCAUGUGACGACGCAACGACGGACGCUAGAGGCGUCGCCAGGGUCAUGUUCACUGUGGACGAUGACGCCAAUGUCUUAUGUCAAUUUCAAGCAACUCUCAAAAACGACAGCAGCACAGCAGCGUCCCCGCUAUAUCUGCCAGUUAGAAGAACGGGCUCCGUACACGCUGCGCUCGGGCCCCUGCGCGGCGACGCCAACGCAAGGAGCUUCGUGCCCCUUUACUUGAGCAAGGACGUUGAUACUGCGCUCAGCGUGCAUUUUGUGGUGAUAACCCGCGGAGGCACCAUCUACCGCUGGGGCGUGACCACCCAGUGCCCAAUAUCCUCAUCAACCAAUCAAAUUCACGCUGCACCAAGAAACAGCAAGUGCCCUCAAGCGCACCAAUCCGAACGCAGCAGCGACCUACUGAACAGGCAAUUCCACCAAUCAGGCAACAGCAGUGGCUUCAUCCACCAAUCCGAAGGCAGUCUUCUGGAUAGACAUUUGCUGCGAGUCAUGCUGCCGAUCAAGAUGACGCAUCAGAUGUGCCCGGACAGCCAUUUGGUGGCGUACUUUUAUUAUAGAGGGGGGUUGGUCAGUGCUGUAAAGCAUAUUGAGAUGGAAGAGUGUUUUGUUAACAAGGUAGAACUUAACUGGCUCUCCCGCCAAGUAGCACCGGGCGCCAGCGCCUCUCUCUCCAUCACCACCAACGAAUUAGCCCUCUGCGGCCUCUCCGUGUUGGACUCGGCCUCGCGCUGGCUGGCCCCCGUGCCGUCAGCCAAAGAUUCCAUCAUGGAGCGGCUGAGGAAUAUCAUCGAUAGCCAUAGGAAUUUGACGGAGUAUGAUGCUAAUGGAAAAUGCUUCCUGUCAUCAGACGAAGAAGUUCCAACACCCAGCUCCAUUCUCACGCACUUGGCAGAGGGGGGCGUGCGCGUCGCCGGGGGCGGGGGUCACGCAUGCGCAGGAGCGCCGGCGCCGGCGCCGCUUCUCGAACAUAUGCAGCCUAGGACGGACUUUUCGGAGGCCUGGCUGUGGCGCCUAGUGGCAGUUGGCGUGAACGGGACAGUAAUAACCAGCGCACGCGCCCCGGACUCUAUAACGCGUUACGAGGCCACCGCGCUUUGCGUGUCAAGAAACGGCCUCGCUGUGUCCCCACCGGCUUCCUUACAGGUGUUCCGUGAAUUCUUUAUCCAUGCUGAUGGACCGAAGCGACUGAAGCGUGGAGAUUCGACGAUUAUUCAAUACCGCAUCUUCAACUACCUUUACGAGUCUCUUAUUAUCGAGAUUCAAGUACUAGCCGAUCCACACUUAGAAGUACCAGACCGUACCGAGGUGGCCGCGAUGCCAGCUCGUGCAAGCGUGGCACGGCGCGUGACGCUACAUGCUGCGUUGCCGGGUUCCGCGCGGCUUGCUAUACGCGCGCGGGCACCUGCUCAAGGAGUCAGUGACGAGAUAAUCAUCCAGAUCCAAGUGGAUCCAGAAGGUGUUCCAGCUCAGGACUAUCAUUCUGCUCUACUCUGUGGACCAGGUAGUGAAGUAUCCAGAACAUCUGAGGUGUCCUGGUCGUGGCCCAAAGCUGAUGCCAUACCCGGCUCUGAAUCUGUCACCGUUUGGACCAUAGGAGACAUCGCUGGACCAUUACUCGCUGAUGCGGAUUCCCUGGUGCUACUUCCAAGAGGCUGCGGCGAACAGAACAUGGCUCGACUUGCGACCAACCUUCUGGCCCUCAAACAGUUGGACCCUAAGAGCCCGGCUGCUUCCUCCGCUAAAGAACACGUAGCUAGGGGUUUCACUCGUCAGCUUCAAUACACGCAUCCCUCGGGUGGAUUUAGCGCGUUCGGUGCUUCUGAUGACCCAUCUACAUGGCUCACAGCCUUCACUCUUAGAUACCUGAGAAAAGCACAUGAGGUGAUCUCACCGGGCAUGCCACCGCCGCCGGCGCUGCGUCGCGCAGAACGCUGGCUGAUGUCGCAACAGAUGGAGAACGGAUGCUUCAGGAAUGAGGGUCAGGUUUUCCACAGGGAGCUCAAGGGUGGACUUAACGAAGACGGCGAAAUCGCGAACGUAGCCCUAACCGCCUACGUGAUCACCUCCCUAGUGGAAGGAGUAUCAGAUCUCCCCUACAAAGUCCUCAAGAACACCCUCCACUGCCUCCGAGCGUUACCCCCCUUGAAGACUAAGUCACCGAACAGGGUCUACGCUCACGCAGUUCUAGCUUACGCGUUCAUGAGACUGAGGAGAUAUGAGGAGGAAUUGAGAAAGAGCAAUGAGGCGAGCCCAGGGGUGGAGGGGUUGGAAGACGACGAGGAUAUUAGGGAGUUGAUCGAGCUGAUGAGAAUGGCGAGGAGGAAGGAGGAGUUUGUUUGGUGGGAAACGAGUAGUCUCGCAACGUCAGUAGAAGCGACGGGCUAUGCGCUACUAGCGCUCAGGUCGUGUCCUCACGCGCUGCGCGCCAGCUGCGCGCAGGACGCGCGCGCCGCCACGCGCUGGCUGUCGACGAGACGCAAUGCGCAGGGCGGGUUCGCUUCUACACAGGAUACUCUAGUGGCGCUAGAAGCGCUCACCGCCUGGUCAGCCUCGCAACCCCCUGCGCCGACGCACCUCACCGUUACAGUCAAGAGCGGGAGCGCGACAUCCAGCGUCCUGCUCACACCUGAAGCUAAGGUGCCCGAGCUUAUGAAGAUGCCGAUGGGGAAGCUGGAGGUGAAUGUGGAAGGGUCCGGAUGCGCUCUGAUCCAAGCCACGCGCGCCUACCACACUCUGACACCGGUAUCCAGUGAUAGUAUGCUCUCUGUUCAGGUAUCGGUGCGCACCGACGGCGCUUUCAACUGCGACAACGGCACCAACUGCUUCUGCGCUGCAGUUGUCGAGGCGUGUGUGGUAUGGACGGGCGAGUUCCCAGAGAUGGCGCUACUGGACAUCACUCUGCCCGGCGGCUUCGGCGCAGACGCAGCGCUACUCUAUGCUCAGCUGCAGAAGACUGACACACUUCUCCGUCGUAUCGAGCUGUCCCCAAGCGCUGGUCGCGCCACUCUGUACCUCGCAGCUCGUGGCGGUCGCCUGCACGGAGCUCAUAGAUGCUUCACCGUGCACGCCGUGGGACCGGCGGCUGCUACCAAACCCGCUUACGUCAGGGUUCAGGAUUACUAUGUACCAGCACAUAAUGACACACAGAUGUACACGAUACCUGAAGAUUGUCCAUCAAGGAUCUCACAAAGGAGCAACGACUAUCUGCGUUCAGACAACUUGUUCACCAAAUCCCUAUCAGAAGAUGGUGAGAUCCUGAUCAACGACGAAUUUACUCUCGAGGAUGUACCUGAUGGAAUUCCUCUAGAAGAUCCCAUUUACGAUAAUCUGACGAAGAAAGAUGCGACAGAAAAUAAAAAUGUAGUUGAAAAUAAACCCAGUAACAUAGAAGAAGAUAAUCUUACAAAGAAAGAUGAGACAGAACAUAAAAAUAUUAUUGAUAAUAAACCCAGUAACAUAGAAGAAGAUAAUCUGACAAAGAAAGGUGAGACAGAACAUAGAAAUAUAGUUGAAAGUAAAUCCAGUAACAUAUCAGAAGAUAAUCUGACAAAGAAAGAUGAGACAGAACAUAAAAAUAUUGUUGAAUUGAAUCCCAGUAACAUAGAAGAUGAUUUGACAAAGAAAUAUGAGACAGACAUUAAAAAUACAAAUAAAAAAGUCAGUAACUUAGAAGCAGAUAAUGAAAGGAAACCUAAAUUAGAAUCUGAAAAUGAAAUCAUUAGAAUUGACGAUAAAAUUGAGAGGAAUUUCGACAAUAUAAAUGAUAGCAAUAUUAAUCCAGGGAUAAAAGAUACAAAUAUUGAUAAACCAGUUGACGACUCAGAAGGAAUAAACAAUAGCACUAACGUUGAUAAACCAGUUUAUUCAGAAACAGAACUUCUAGAAACGAAAGAAGUAAAAUCAGAGCAUAGAAUAGAAGUAAGAGAUGAUACUAAGCAAGAAGCAGAAGUAGAUAAUCCGAAGCUAUCGAGUUUCCAUGUGGUAAAUUCGGAGAAAGAUCUAGAUGUUCCCGAAGGGAUUGAAGGGCCGGUGCCUGUGGUUGUAUUGCCACCUCCGAAUUUUGUAUCGGUCCCUCCUAUUACGGCACCUAACGCAGCCUUCCCGUCUGUCCAAGCCAGCCCAAAGGCGUUCUACAGCUACCCACCCUACAGUUACUACAUAUAUUCUGAACCUAGGCAUAGAUACGUGUAUAAGCGCUAGACUGAUAGUUUUAAAUUGUGAGUAGAUCCCUGCUAAAAUUCUUCAGUAAAAUUGUGUCUAUAUCAGGAGUCCAAUAUCAAUUUAGUUGAUAAAAUUAUAUGGAAGUUAAUGAAAAGGUAUUAUAUAUGUUGUCUGCUGAAUUAACUAAGUUUGAUAUUAGCGCCAUCUAACGAUUACAUUGUGCACUUAAAUAACCACCAAUUUCACGACUCUGUGAACUGUUUACAUGUUUAGUUUACCUGAAGCUACAUAGAUGUCGCUAAUAUAACUAAAUGUUUAAAAAAUUUACUCAUUUUCCGGGAAGAUACGUUACUAAAGGAUUAUACCUAAAUUAUUUCGUUUAAAAUAUUAUUAAUUUAUUAAAUAAGGAAAACUUGUCCUUUACUAGUAAAUAAAUAGUUUAAGAGUAUUUAUUAUAUAAUCUCAGUGGAUUUUUGUGGCCUAUUUGUGACGUUCCACGGCAAAAGGUACCUUAUGGCGGCUGGCGCUUA